AUGUGUGACUGUGACAUCAUUGAAUGGAUGGGAGUCACAAGCCGUUUCAUCACUUUCUUGACAUUUUUGAUUCAUUUUAUUCAUCCGUUGCUUUGUAUUGCAAACUACUGUGCAUGGGUAUGUUAUCAAGAUGCAGUAUUAGGAAGUUCAAUUGUGAAUGCAUAUCUUGCAAUGAGUAUAGUAGCAGCUGUAUUUUAUUUGUUUGUGUCUUCUGUAUUCUACAUGUGGGCCUGGCGAUUUCCUGAACCAGAAGAAGUAUCAAAGAGGCGUAGAAUUUAUGGUAUAUUAGUGAAUUUACUAUUUUCUGAUAUACCACUUUUUGUUAUCGAAGUGAAGAUAUGCUGGAUAGUACAAUUCGCAAAUGGAAUGCAGGGAACUUCAUUUGUUUUUACGUGUAUCUCUCUUAUGUAUUCUGCCGUACGUGUAUGGAUAUUCAUUAUGAUUAAACUUAUUAAGGUUCGUGCACCAAUGGUAGGGGCUCAACCACAGUUUGCGGGAGUCGCCACGUACUCUGGUGGAGGAUCACGUCAAAAUGGAGGAAUGCACCCUUCCUAUUACGGUAACAGCCUUUCACGUGAAGGAAUAUACAGCAACAAUGGCAGUAGAAAUGAUUACCCAAAUGGAGUUGGAAAUAAUUAUGCAGAUGUCACCACUCCUGAUGAUCAUUACCGACGGGGAAGUCAAAACAUCGACGCUCGUUAUAAUGGCGGCCAAUACAGCACGCCAGGUACUCGUUCCCGACAGGUGUAUUAG